AUGGCAGCUGCGGGAUCGGCUGAGGAACCUGCGGCGAGCGGAGAGACUGCACUGGGGGCACUGAGCUGCCAAAAGUGUGGCCAGUCGACGACCAUGUCGCUUUCAUCGGCGACAGGUCGAAACCCACUGCUGAGAGCCUGCAAUGGCUGCUUGGCAACCGAUCGCUGGAUCACCAGGAUCACAACGAAGCCCAAGAACCGCGAAGAAACUGAGGACGAAACGCAAAGGAGGGCGAACGGUCUGAGGAUCAAGGAGGAUCUGAAGAAGAAAACGCCGGAAGAGAAGAAAGCCUUCUACGUCGAACAGAAGGUCAACCGCCAAGCGGAAGACCAGAAGAAGAAAAGGACGUUCUCCUCGGCGGUGGGCUCCGUCGAGGAGUCCAGGGAGGCCGCGGCGCUGAGAGAUGAUGUCACGAAUUACAUAACCUUCAAGAAGUGGGCGGCUCAGGAGAUGGCUCUCAGAAUCUAUUCGAGCCUCGGGGAGGCGAAGGUUGCCUGGGAGAAGUUGCUUCAGGAUCCGAGCACAGUGAGCAUAAUGGAACACGGUGAGGCGCUCGUGUUGGAUUAUUCGGGCAUCCAAGUCCGUGGACGACAGGCCCACAGCCUCAAGUCAGCCCUGCGGCAGAGGAUGGACAUCUCCGAGCAGAAGGAUUUGGAUGAGUACAUGGAGGAGUCCGACUCCCGCAUCAAAAGGGGCCGGUCGAGGCUGGCUGUGGAGAUGACCGCGAACUCGGAGCGACGAGCCCAUGAUUUGAGCCAGCUGCGGGAAAUGGAGGAGGCCCGAGAUGCGGAUCUGCAAAUACAGGCAAUUGCCAUAGAGGAGGUCCAGAGGCAGGAAAAGGAGGAGAGAAAGCGGAAGGCCGAGGCCGUCGAGAAGAGCCUGCCUCUGGAGAAGUUGGCCCUGCAGGCCUCCCGGAAGAAGGCCAUCCAAACGAUGGGAGAUGUUGUCCUCCGGAACCAGGCGACAAUCACAGCACUCUCUGCUGAGAGCCAGAAGCUUUGUGAGUUUGAGAACCAGGACCUGAAGGACGAAAUGAAAGAGAAGAUGAGCCACGUCGACCGGGCUAUUGAGGUUCUGAGUGAGGAGAUCGCCAAGUAUGACUCUGAGUGGGAGAAGAAGGAAGUGGAGGGCACAACCACGGCGGAUGAGAUGGCCCAGCUCCGAGGGGAGAUCGCAGUGGUCCUCAAGGGGUUCCACUCCAACAACGAGGCAUGCAAGGAUGUGAAGAACAAGAUCCAAGACGUGCGAAUUUGGAUCGCGAAGACGAAGAAAUCGAUCAACGAGCGAGAGAAAGCAGCGGCCAAAACAGCCGCUGGAAAGAAGAUGGGCAAGCUUGCAGCAAGCAUGCCCCUGGAAGCCUUGGCCGAGAAAUUGGUGAAGGAGCUGACGGGUGAAAGCUCCUUUGGCACCGUGGACUACAGCUUGAACCCCAAGCAGCUGCUGGAGAAGCUGGCCCCGGUCUUGCUCGGGGGAAGAGCCUCUGCGAGACAGUGGCCAGCCUCGACUACUACCGACUUCAGCAGUCGCGAGUGGGUCGAACUCCUGCUGCGCGGUGAGAAAGCAGUCGCCAAAAGGCUGAAGGACCAGCUGAACCGGCAGUACCCUGAAACUGGCGACUCCGAGGGGGAUGCGAUGACAGGAUUCCCGCCUGAGAUGCAGGACACCUUCAGCUUGCAGUUCGGCCAGCGUUUGGGGGGCACAGCCUCGUUGUGGACCCGGACAGACAUGAACUGCCCGAUGCUCAUGGUUUGCCUGGAGGGCAAGCUCACAGUGGGCGGGGUGCCAUCGAAGGAGCUGCAGGCCGCGACCUUGGCAGACGUGCCCAAGAAGCUCGAGAAGAUGAAUGCCAAGGAUUUGGCCCAUCUUGUGAAGACCAAGGGCUGGAUGGUUCAGAUGCAGGCUCAAGGCAGCAUCCUCAUUCCGCCAGACACGUGCUGGUUCGAGGUUUCCUCGGGGGAGACUGUGCACAGCCUCAGGAUGCUGGUGGCUCGCGAGUCGCUGGCUGGGCCAAUGAAAGCUUUCUUGGAGAAGAUGCAGUCGGAGGGCAGUAUCCAGGAUGGCGAUUCUUACUUCAAGAUGCUGGCCGGGGCAUCGAUGCUGGAUGACCCGAGCAUCGCCUCAGCAGUGGCACCGAUGCUGGAUGACCGGAGCAUCGCCACAGCAGUCCCACCGAUGCUGGAUGCACAGUGCACAGCAGAGGCGGCGAUGCUGGAUCGUGAGCAUCGCCGCAGCAGUCCCACUGACGCUGGAUGCACAGUGCACAGCAGGGGCAUUUUUGAGAGUGAGUGCUAG